AUUGAGAACGUUCGUGGAACGCGGGCGACUUCGACCUAUCGUUUAUCUCUCCCCAGUCCUCUCGUCCGCUGUCAGAGCUAUGGCAGAAAUCCCGAUCCCGCAAAUACACCAAAGUCCACGAGCCGCAAUACCUGUUGCAGGAGCCGCCCGGUGACGCUGCGAAGCGCCUUCGAACACCGCCCAUAGAAGCGCUGCUAUCUUAUCGUUUCUGAUAACGGCAUACCGGGCACGGGGAGCAGCCGUCGUAACGGUGCCCCUUAUCGGGCCGCCCGCCACACAACAUUUGCGCAGGAGAAGGCGGUGACGUCGCCAGGGAUGAGAAGUCGGACAUCGAUGACCCGGCCGUUGAAGGCAACAGGGAUACCUGUGUGUGAGGCGGCGAUGGAACUGCGUGUUUGACCCGUCGUUCUUUCUAAGGUGGUGGACGCCCUCAGCGAGAUCACUUCAAGGAUCAGAUCACGUCACGGACUGGGCUUGUAUUCUUGACGCGUGCAGUGGGUACCAGAGGGUUGUCUUCUACGGGCGGCGAGCGAUUCAAGGCUGACGGAUUGACCGGAAACAACGCUAGUUUGCAUACCGUGAGAGAGAAAGAGUUGAACGGAAGGCAAGCGGCAAGAACGAGGCUUUUGAAGUGUCUGGUGCAUUCAGGUUAACAAAAGGGUUAUCUCCCAAGAACUCGCAAGUUCGUCGAUCCUUAGGUUCAUCUUCGUGGGUCAUUAAGAUUGCGAAAAAAGAGUGAGUUCAUCAGCACUGCCUGCGAAGAACUGCAAGUUUUUAAGAGUCAAGGCAACAUACCAAAGGUUCGCGCCUCAACCACAAGGUCCUGGUACAACCGAAGCGACCUUCGUCUCUCCGGACAAAUUGUGUCACCCGUGGAAUUAAGUGUCUGCCAUCGAGGGUCCAAAAACGCGGUCGUCAAAAGGACACCAUGGAUAAUAUAUUGAGCCUGUCGGAGCGCAGAAGACGUGAGGCCAAGCCUUACAAGUGCAUGAUUAACGUCGUUGCCCUGAUAACCAUUCUCGAAAUCUUCGAAAUCUGGGCAUGUGGGUGGUGUCUGAUCACCCUACUGUCGCCCGAAGACUACGGAAACCUGUGGGAAGGAAAGAACGGGUCCAUACCUUUCAAGGAGAUUAAAUUACGCUAUGAAUACACCUACUGCGUCAUCUCCUUCUUGGCCUUCCAUCUGGUGUACCUGGUGCCCGCCCUUCUCUUAAUAUGGGGAAACCGGGGUAACAAGGUACUCGCGUUUCUCGUCUUCUCCAUCACUAGCGCCGUGGCGCUUCUGCUGUCGAUUGCAGUGACUGUCUACUUCCUUACUCAAAACUACAAUAAAGCCUUCCUGAUCAUUUCCGCUCCGGAGGAUCCUCAAGCGUUGCCUCAUUUCCUGCUCUUCCUCUACUUUUCCCGGUACUUCUUUAUCGGCUGGAUCGCCAAGUUGGCCUUUAUUAUGUGCACUGGCAUGCGAAGACGGGAAAUCGAGGAAGACAAGGACGUGGAUAUUCAGACCGCCGUGGACAAAGCCUUCAAGAGCGUCUUCGAAGAACAAGACGCGGACAGCUUGAAGGACGACCACAAGGCCUACGCCGAGCUAGGACAGGACCACGUGCGCCCGGAGCUCAUUCCGGAGAAGAUCCACAGGAUCCCGAGAGCCAAGGCAGGCAGCGCUCAGCAGCUGAAUAUCGACCAUGACGUGGACGCCGUCUACCAGGCCAGACAGGCGGCUGCCGUCAACGGGUAUCUCAACCAGGGCUUUGAACACGACGUCGAACCACGAUCGCCUAGAUACGUAACGGACGACAGGAACUACAUGAACACGAGGCCUCAGUCUCGUGGAGACCAAGACAAGCUUUCUGACACACGAAGCCGACACUUAGAAGAUGGGCAUCGGCGAAACCAAAGCCAAGACACACGACAGAGUCGCGACAGCACACUGGCCCUCCGCCCUGCGUCGCAUUACGAGCUGCAAGACCGCCAACGAGUGCCUCUAGAGCCCUACGACCAGAGACGGCGAGAGAACCACAGCCGGGAAGCCGUCCACAAGGAGUAUCCUCGCAAAGACCAGCCCAGAAGGGAAACCGCGUACCCAAACGAUGACACCGCGGCUCAGAUUGCGUACGAAGCGAAGCGUAGAAGCCCAGAGUACCAGGAGUACACGCCGGGAGUCAAAGAACCACGAAACGAGUACGGACGUCCUCUCCCGCUGUCCAGGACGUCCGUUGUCAACAGACAAGACUCGAGUCCCAGAAGCACCGGAGAGCCCCCGCAAGACUACAGCCCUAGGGGCCAGAGCCCGCCUGUCCAGUACGGAAACAGGCGUCCGGACUAUCCGGGAACAACAGCUCAGCACGACCAGGACAGGAGGCGUCCGGAAAACGUGCAGAGUCAUCAACGCGCACCGAGGACGGAGCCCAGGGAGUUUGAGUACGACAACAGGUCGAGGAGUGCUCAAGACAGUCCUCCAGGUCGAGAUUUCGAGAGAAGCGAGUCGCGGCCAGGAAAGUACGCUGGCAGGGACAACUCCCGCGGCGCGUCUCUUCAGGGUUACGACUCCGAUCCAGGAUCAAGCCGCCAGGACGAAUAUAGGCGACCACGGUCGGUGUCCCCGCAAUCGCUCAGCCCGGGCCACUACCUCCGCAACGGUACGGGCAACCGCAAGCCGCGGCCCGUGUCCGCCUACAACGCCCGAGACAGCGGCCGCUUCGACUACGGACCGGGUCCCCUGGGCUACGAGGUCUCGUCGCCGAACCAGCGAGCCCGGAGCCCCGUGGCGGACGACGAAGGGUCGAUGAGCCUGAGGCGCGAUGACAGCAUCGUCAGGCAGAUCUCCCCUCGUUACGACUCCAACAUCGGCGGGGGACUGAGGACCGGCCCACCGCCCGUCGGAGGCGUCCCCGCCAUUGGGCCUGCCAGCAUCCGACGAGUACCACCGAGGAACCUGCAGUACUACUAACUCCAUAGGGACCUGCAGAUCCUGCUGGGUGGAGUAAGACUACUGCUGUCCGGGCUUCUUUUCCAAUUUGCCGAGGUUGGGCUUCCCGCGUUUUGACAAGAUGGGUUCAGUACCAGUAAUCAGCUCGUCUAUCUCGAAUGAGCUUUGCAUGCUGUUGUUUAGACAUGAUACUUUGACUAGUUUUACUAACCAGAUUUGUGAGGGAGAACAAGUAUCAGCUGCUCUGCCUUCAAGUUGAUGUUCUGGACUUCAAAGUUUUUAACCACUAAAAGAUGUAAAAGAAAAAAAUGCUGUUUUAAAUAAGGCAAUUUGAAAUGUUUCAGUUUUUGUUGGAAAUAAAGCUGGGAAAAUUUUACAAAAAA